AUGGAGAACAUCAUCCCUCCUGCCCUCGAUAGUCAGCGGAUGCCCGAGCAAUAUCCUGUGGGCAACCCAGCUAAACAACAGGCUCGCGUGCCCGAGCAAUACCCUGCGGGCAACCCGGCUGAAGAACAGUGCAUGCCCGAGCAAUAUCCUGCGGGCAAACCGGGCGAGCCUUCUGGCCCUCAAAGGGCGUUAGUUCGAACAUAUGCCCAAUACUUAGACUCUGUGGGCAAACCGGGCGAGCCUUCUGGUCCUCAAAGGGGGUUAGUUCGAACAUAUGCCCAAUACUUAGACUUUGCAGGCAAACCGGAUGAGCCUUCUGGCCCCAGUGUCAUGAAUAUGGAAUUGAUUUAUGUACUUUAUAUCGCAUCUGGUGCAAAGAACACCAUUAUUGCCCGUCGUACAUAUAUGGUUGUCCUUUAA